CUCUAACGAACAAGAACUAACUCCGCCACUGUAUCUCCGCAGAUGACUGAACUCACAUGGAAAAUGCUUAGACUACUCCUCGUAAGACAUAGAUAAAGACAAAAUAGAAUAAAAUACGUUCCUCAUUAAAAUAUCUAAUUGUCAACUUAACAAUUCAACUGCGACUAAAUGAAUACAGGGAUUAAACUCAGACAUUAGAUACAUUAGAAGGUAUUUCUAUAACAAUAUGGAUUUACUAUUAACGCGGUUGUAAUAAAAAUAAAUUGAAACGCUUUAUUAUAACAACAUGGGAUAUAGUAUAAUUUAAAUGAGUUUCUAAUAAAUUCGACUAUAAAAUAUGAUUGGAAAAAUACUAUAUUUACUCCUGACAAGGCCCUGCAGGGUGCGAUCAGUGUGGCCAUUACUCGUUGUCAUGGUUACCAUUAAUACUCUUGUCUUCGUGCUGUUCAAGCCCUUUGACCCAUACAGAACGAACAAAGGAGCUUACCUUCGGGACUAUUUCACCAAGACAACAAACAGCAACGAAGUGAAAAACAUCGAGAAAAGAUUCAAAAACCGCCGUAUGACGCUCUCUAAAAUCUGCGAUAUCACAUACAGAGACCCGAGCACAUUAGAUCUCACAUUUAAUGAAGUAAUGUACAAAAAAUCGGACAAAAUAUACAUCGAUGAAGAAAAUAAAUUUGUCUAUUGCAUGGUGCCAAAGGUGGCGUCAACGAGCUGGAGGAAGUUAAUGCUGAAGGUGCAUUUGAACAAGACAUGGCAAGAGGUGAACGAUUACUAUUUCAAACUAGAGACGUACCUCAACAUAAUUCUCAAAACGCCCGCGUUCGUACCACAAGACAAACUAAAGGAGAUAUUCGGAACGUAUACCACGUUUUUAAUCGUACGUGAUCCCUAUGAGCGUAUAUUGUCCGCCUGGAGGAAUAAAUUUCAGGAGCAUCCUCACGUUGCUGGACGAGAUUGGUAUUGUGAUACCUACGGGAAGAAUAUAAUUAAGAAAUACAGAAAUAACGAGUUGAGCAAAAUUCCUAGUUACUAUGAUAACCUCAAAGACAACAAUACUGAUAACGACAGCACUGUAGGGAAUUAUGAACGCUCUUGUGAUGUCACUUUUAAUGAAUUCGUAAGAUAUCUCCUCGAUCGGGAUUUCCAUCAUGAUUGGUUGGAUGAACACUGGAGAUCGGUUCAGCAAUUGUGUCAUCCCUGUCACGUUAAAUAUCAAUACGUCCUGAAAUAUGAAACGUUACUUGAAGAUUCAAACUACAUCCUUGAGAAAAUAGGCUGGAGGGACAAAGUACAUUUUGGACAGACGAAAACUGGUGUCUCAAAAGUUAAAUCUAGGUCUAAAUUAACGGAGGGAUACCACAGUAUUAUGUUGAAGGAUUUUCACAAACUGUACCUAAAAUAUGGAAAUGACUUUAAAAUGUUCGGAUACCAGGCUCCCCCUAUUUAAUCUGAAUUGGAUUGGGGUGGGUAAAAGUGUUCAUAUUGAGAAGUAUUCGCAUGUCAAAGUUCUGACUAUAGUGGGAGUCCAUACAUCUCUAAAAAUGGAAUUAAGUGUUGGGCAUUGUAAAUUUAAG